AAACAGAAUUGAACAUUAAAGAGAACAUUUAAACAUUGAACUUUGGAAUUGGAAUCGGGAGGGAUCAAGGGAAAAGAAACAGAGUGAGAGGGGCAUCUUUCAUAUUUUAUAUUGUUCAUUAUUGAAGUAAAAGCAAUGUAUUUACAAGAUUGCAUUUUUAUCUUAUUUUCUGUGUAUUUCAGUUUUAAUUUAAUAACAUGUUAUGAAGUUAGCGAAGGAAAUAGUCAUGACUUAUAUGAAAUCGAAGGAAAGGUGUUUCCUCAAGAAAGUUUAGUACCUAACCCCAACUGGAUUAUUGAUACUAAAGUUAUGACAAAAGGAGGGUAUCACAUGGGAUUUUUGAGAGAGGAUGGCAGUUUUGCAAUACACAAUGUUCCAUCAGGUUCGUACGUUGUUGAAGUGAUCAGUCCGAAUUACACCUAUGAACCAGUAAGAGUGGAGAUAAAUUCCAAAGGAAAGCUACGAGCAAGGAAAGUCAAUUACAUUCAAACAUCACAAGUUGUACCAGUUCCCUAUCCGCUCAAGUUGAAGCCACUGGGUCCCACGCGAUACUUCUACACUCGAGAACAGUGGAGGGCAACAGAUUUCCUGUUCAACCCAAUGGUAUUGAUGAUGGUUCUUCCCCUUCUCCUCAUCAUGGUGCUGCCAAGAAUGAUGAAUGAUCCUGAAACUAGAAAGGAAAUGGAGCAGCUCAAUAAUCUGACCAAAUAUGACAUGCCGGAGAUGUCAGAAGUCAUAACAUCGUUUUUUGGGGGAGCUGACAAACAAAAACCAAAAUCUAUCAAGUCUGCGAAGAAAUCAAAGCAGAGUUCAUCAUAGUAAUUACUAGGGACAACAAAUUAUUGUUUAAUUAAUGUUUAUUGUUGUAAGUAAUAAAUAAUUGUAAAUUUAUUUCUAUUAAAUUUGUAAAUAUUAUAUAAAGAAGACAAGAAAUUUAAAUGACAAAGAGCAAUUAGUUAUUGUUAUUUAUUUGAUUUUGUUAAUAUAUUUAAAGAAAUUAGUGAAGGUGGAGUUAUUCUUGUUCUUCCUAUGAUUCUCCAUUUAAGGCAAUUUGUAACCCUCUGUUAAAAUCAAAUUUAAUUUGAUCUAUUGAAUAAGAGAUAUUUAAAAAAUUAAAGUUAAUUUCAAAAUCAGA